UUUUAGAGAAAUAAUGGUCUCUAAAAUAUGACAAUUGUUAUUAAAACAUAUGGACCAUCUAAGAAAGAGCACAUCUCCAUAUCUCCUUCGUAUCAUCUGUUUCGCAUCAUCUGCUUCUUAUCAUCUGGAGAUAUAAAACACAGAUCCGGCAUCAUCGUUCCUGCGAAUGGCAUCUGCUUCGCAUCAUCUUCUCGGAAGGGGAGCUCGGAAGACCUCCCAUGGCAUCAUCGUCGGCCGUCUCCUUCCGUUUCCAUCUCCCUACCCACACCAAUCCUCUUCUCCUUCUUCAAUUUCUUUCCAAUCGUGGGAAGUCCAUCGAAGGGACAUUUACCUAAUCGAUGGGGCGAAGAGACGAUUUUCAGAUCUAGAUCUGGGAUGGCGGCUAUGGUUAUGCUAGGGCGGUGGUAGGGAUGGUGGAGUCGUGGCGGGGCUGGCUAGGCUGCGUUGGGUGUAUUUGAUGGAUGGGGGCAGCGGUAUAAGGAGGGGUGGUCAUUCUCCGCCACCGCCAGCCCGGAGCUAGGGAGGUGGUUCUCAAAGCGGAAUGGCGCAGGGAGGGGAAUAGAUCUGGCAUUGGCCUUGGGCUGGGGAGAGGACUGGAUUGGGGCUGAUGGGGGCAGGGCAGCACUAGGUGGUGGCGGUCAUUGGGUGACACUAGCAGUGGACGGUGUUACUGACCGAGUUGGGCGGAAGUCACUGGACAGUGACCGGAGUUGGGCUGUAGUCACCGGAUAGGGACCAGAUUCAGUGACCGGAGUUGGUCGUUGGUCAUUGAGCGACGGUCGUUAUGGCGAAGCAAGUCACUGAGCGACGGUCACUAUAGCCAGAGCAAGUCACUGAGCUAUGAUCACUAUGACCGGAGCAAAGUCACUGGGCGGUGGUGAGGCAUGACUGCUGGCAGCGCCGGUGAUACGACUGUUGUUGUGGACAGCAAAAGAAUCUGUUUCCUAUUUUUCAGUAUUAAAUUCAUUAAUGGCCUUUUUAGUUUAGGUGGUGUUAAAUGGAUUAGUGUGCAACGGUUUAGUGCAUAACAGCUGGCAGUCAUAUUUUUGACUUUUUGAAACUUAACCCUCUUUAUUGGAAAUCCAUUAAUUAAUUGUAAUAUUUGAAUAAAAGGCCAUAUAUUUACUUUAUUACAUAAAAUAAUAUAACUAAUUUGUUGAAUUGAAUUAUAA